AUGUUGGAUAGAGGAGAAGAAGAAGAAGAAGAGGUAAUAUCAACGACCAAACAUGUUACUAAAAAAAGAAAGAGUAGUGUAAAUAAUAGUAAUAAUAAUAAUAACAAUAAAGAUGAUCCAAUAAAAGGAAAGAGAUCAUCUAAUCGAUUGAACAAUAAUAACAAGAGAAUUGAAGAAAAGUAUGAGAAUGAAAGAAUAAGGUACUCUGAAGAUGAAUUAAGAAAGAAACUUAAAAAGGAUUUACUUGUCAUUUGUAAAGAGUUGGGUAUUGAAGCAUCAAUGAAAGAAAGCAAAGAAAUGAUUGUUGGAAAUAUUCUAAAGACGAAAUGA